GGGCGUUGCCGGCUGGAGGCGGUAAAUCAUUCAGACAGAGUGGUCUCGUCCAGGGUGGUGACCUUGUUGCAUGCUGGGGGCUGUCCUGUGGGGACGGUGGCCCCGUUGCAUGCUGGGGGCUGUAGUCUUUCCGGGCGGGCGGCCCCGGGGCAUGCUGGGGGCUGUAGUCUUUCCGGGCGGGCGGCCCCGGGGCAUGCUGGGGACGGUGGCCCCGUUGCAUGCUGGGGGCUGUAGUCUUUCCGGGCGGCGGCCCGGGGCAUGCUGGAGCCCGUAGUCCCAGUUGCAGGGAGCGGUCCCGGGCCGCGGGUCCCGGCUGUGGCGGCGGGAGGAGCUCGGCCCAGCCCAGGCCGGCGGCGCUGCAGUUGGAGGCUGUGCCCUGAGCAGGGCUGAGAUUCGGGCCCGGGACCCCCUGGAGCGGGGUGUGUGAGGCAGCGUCGCUGGCAGCCCGCGGAGCGCGACGGCCCCAAGGCCGGGGACUGAGCAAUUUAUGACUAUUCCUACCCUGCCCUCUCCAUCCGGCAAUUCUUGACCCCUCCCCAACCACGGCGGAAUCCAUCAAGCCAACCCUCUGCAGAGUCGUCAUCUACUUGCAGAAGGAGAUGUCUGGGGACACGUGCCUCACCACCAUCUGCCGGUCUUCAGGAGCCAAGCCCAAAACCUGCAGCUUCAAAGAGGGUAGCCUGGGCAACAAGUACGUGCGGCUCAACGUUGGGGGCUCCUUGUACUACACCACAGUGCAGGUGCUGACCCGGCACGACACCAUGCUGAAGGCCAUGUUCAGUGGCAGGAUGGAAGUGCUGACUGACAAGGAAGGGUGGAUCCUUAUAGACCGUUGUGGGAAACACUUCGGUGUGAUUUUAAAUUACCUCCGAGACGACACUAUCGCGCUUCCAAAAAACAGGCAGGAGAUCAAAGAGCUGAUGGCAGAAGCGAAAUAUUACCUAAUUCAGGGCUUAGUAGACAUGUGCCAGGCAGCUCUCCAGGACAAGAAAGACUCAUACGAGCCCGUCUGUAACAUCCCCAUCAUCACGUCACCAAAGGAAGAAGAGAGGCUCAUUGAAUCCUCCAUGAAACCUGUUGUCAAGCUGCUUUAUAACAGGAGCAACAACAAAUAUUCCUACACCAGUAACUCGGACGAUAACUUACUGAAGAACAUAGAACUGUUCGAUAAACUGUCUCUCCGCUUCAACGGCCGAGUCCUCUUCAUUAAGGAUGUUAUAGGGGAUGAAAUCUGCUGCUGGUCUUUCUACGGACAGGGGCGGAAGCUCGCUGAGGUCUGUUGCACCUCGAUAGUGUACGCCACGGAAAAGAAACAAACCAAGGUUGAAUUCCCCGAAGCGCGUAUCUACGAGGAGACCCUAAACGUUUUACUGUAUGAAACGCCACGCGUACCUGACAACUCUCUGCUGGAGGCGACGAGCCGGAACCGAAGCCAGGCAUCUCACAGCGAGGACGAUGAGGGCUUUGAACUGCGCGACCGAGUGCGCCGCAUCCACGUGAAGAGAUACAGCACUUAUGACGACCGACAGCUUGGCCACUAGCCUGCUGGCAGAGGAGAAACGGUUUGCUUUGUUCAUAGAGCUUAAGGAAUGUGCGGAAUUAGUCCCGGAAGCAGGGGAUUGAUUCUCAAAUGGUUUCACUGCUUCCUAGAGAAGCAGCCCAGCAUCUGUGUGCGCAAACCAAAAGCAACACUUAAGGCCAGAAGCUUUUAGAGUCAUUGUGAUAUGUUACUUGUGCACCAUGUGGUGUAAAUAGAGAGAGCAGUUCUUCAUGUGCUGCGGAUGGGAGGGGAUCCCAAGAACCUGCCUGUGGAGCUCAUUUGUUCUGACAUAGGUUGCAGCCACCAGGCAUUGUACAUCUUGAGAGAAGCGAUGUAUUUUUCCAUUUGAGGAUGGUUCUGUUUGAAAACCCAUUGUCAGAGACACCAUAAGAACUGUGUGCCGUGGAAUUGCUUAGUUUUGAAAUUCUGUUGCAAAUGAUGCUCUGUGGGAUUCGUAGCACGUUCAGCAAAUGCUACGUUUUGCUGCUCAAGCUACUCUUUCCUUAUGGAGCAAGUAGUUAGAUUCCCAUGGCAUGAGAGGAGGCGAAUUUCCCCUUUUGUGCAAAGAUCACCCUUGGUGCUGAAACUGCUUAGCCUGUCUCACUUCAAGCCAAGCUUUCAGGAAUCAAGCUAACAAAUAGCCCAAAUGGGGGAAGUUUAGAGAGUAAAUAUUAAAUGACGUGAUUAUUAAGAAAGAAAAAAAAAUCCUAAAGGUGUGGAAGCUUACAAGAAAACAGAGCCCUGGCGAAAUCAUGGGCAUGGUGGGACCUCUACCCUCUGGGGCUUUGGGUGGGGAGGGAACCCUGUGUUAAUAGAUCCUGGGGAAUUGAGGGAAUCUCUCUAGAAUUAGUCACUAGAUCAAGAGGGCCCCUAAGCGCUGCUUGGUGUCAUCUUUCCUCAAGCUUGGAAAAAAACGGUUAUUGAGGAAAAAUAACUAAAGUGUAGAGCAAUGAAAGCUCACUCACCCUCGCACAGUUGGGGUUGUCCAUGUGUUUCUGUUCUAAGUCCCCUCUGAGGCCAGGAGGUGGGAGUGGAGGGAUAAUGGCUAUUACACCUUGUUAGAGAGUGGAGCUCUGUCUCUGCACAGCCCCAGGAGAGAGACUUUUUAUAUUGAAUUUUAAACCGUUUCUUCAGCUGACCUUUUUUAUAAUUGUUUUUAAAAGAUCUCUUGUGACUCAAAUGGAUUUUUUUAAAGAUAUAUUUUAAAAAAGAGAUGUGUCAAGUGUGUGCUCCUCACCUCUUGGUACUACAGUGGCAACUCUCCUUGGGCUUAGGGGUUUUUGGACUUGAGCUUUGAUCUUAAACGUGACUAUCCAGUGAGAGAACAUGAUGGUCCCAACUUAUUUGGUAGCCCAGGUGAAAACUUAAGGGAUUGAUUUUUCUGAAGUUCUGAGCACCCACAACUCCAGCUGAAACCAGUGGGAGCUGCACGUGGUCAGCACCUCUGAAAAUCAGGCCCAGUGUUUUCCUGUCUCUCUUCCCCCUUGAUGACAACUAAUGAUCCCAGCUGGCACUUCAAACAUCUGGGUUUGCUGACUAACCAAGGCAGCCAGCUUUAGGCUUCAAAUAAGAACUGGCCUCCAAUCUCAAUGUUUGGUUGUUGUUUGCAGGGGAAGGGGCAGCCCUACUGCACACAGGAGAUGACUAUAUAAUGUGCAAUUAGCUGUGUGCCUUGGUUCAUUAUUGCAUUUAGGAUUGUUUUAAUGCAGGGCAACAAUUUGUCUAGCAGCCAGGAAUUAAUUGCCACCCGUCUAGACUGGCUUGUUGCUUGCACGGCGGUGCUGGAUGGUAGGAUUUUUCCGAGCUUGAUUUUCCAAUGUUUUCAUGAGAAAUAAUUUCUUUUUUCUAUUCAUAGGAGAAUCUGAACUUAGUGUGUUGGGAUGGGGGUGAGAGUCACUGCUCGGGAAUAUCCUGAUGUAACUGGACUGGUGCUGAGUGCAAAGCAUGGACAAGGGCAUGCCAGGGUUUCUACCAAUUCUUCUGACUGAGACUGACCUCUGCUUCUAAUAGGUGCAAACUACAGCCUGCCCCGGCUUACGCUUAGGCAUCAGCAGUGGUGCAGCUACGCUGGUUGCUAGUCACCAAAGGCUGAGUUGGGGCUUGUCCCACGUGUAGACAAGGUCUUGAUUUAGAAUUGAUGUUUUGGGGCCAAAUCCGAGCAAGUUCCAGUUCAAGCAAGUAAGCUCCAGUUUCUCAGGAUUUGACCCUUUGUAAUGAUCAAGCUGGCUGACUUUCUGUCUCAAAGGAAAAAUAAGGAUUGUUUCGAGGCCUUUGAAAAUAUGUGAAUAAGUUGCCACAGGUGUGGGGGUUUUAUUGCCUUCAGAGUAGUCUGUGGAGAGAGAAAUGAGGUUCGGAUGCUAGACUUGCCUAGCCUCCCAGCGUAAAAAACCAUUUAAAAACCCGAACUACUCAGCACGUUUAGUGCUCUCCCUCUCUCCAGACAAACAUCCCAAUCUACAGCAGUCUGGUUAGACAAAAGAUUUUGAAUACUUCAACUCCAUGGAGCUUUAGCCUUGAAAAUUCAUUAAAUGGCCCAUGGAAUGUGUUGUUUAAAAAAAAUAACGCUUUCAGGUUACAGUGUUAAGUAUAUUUUAUUUCCCUAAAUGUAUUUAAGCUAUAAACUGAGUAAGCUAGCAAAUUGUUUUAUUUAUUAAUUGGCAGAUAAAAUGCAUAAACUUUGGUAAACUGUGGGGAAAAAUAUAGUCACGUUUGAAAAAUUGGCCUAAUUAUUUUGGGUGCCCAACUUGAGACAUCUUAAAUGAGCUUGAUUUUUAGAGGCUGGUUGGUUGGUGCAUUCUGAAGAUCGGUUCUCUUUAAGGAGGCUCAAGCCGGGCAUGCAAAGUCAUUAAUCGUGUUUGAAAAUCUUGGUGAUAAGAUCUUUCAUCUCUAGGUCACCAGCUCAAAUCCAGAUCACCUGUCAUUCGAGCCGAGCAAAUGAUUUUUUUUCCCCCCCUUUGUUUGGUGACUGAAACAAAAAAAUCUGGAAAAAAAAAUUAUUUCAAACUAAGAAGGAAUUUUUUUGUGUUUUAUCAACAAAAUGAAAAACUAUUGUUUGAGUCAAACAAAACAUUUUGAAGGUUAUUUCAAAGCAAUGCUUCAAAACAUUUUGAUAUAUGCAAAUGUGUGUUUAAGGUUUUUUUGGCCAAAACUAUUCAUGACCCAAAUUCACUGAUAGUUUCAGAGCCCUCCCCCUGUGCAUUUUUGACAACAUUUCUAUUCACCCAAAAACCUUGCCCCAAUCUAGUUGUGACCACAAGCUGUUACCCUCUGAUGGCUGUUUAGUGGCACCUAUUUGACAUUAAUUGAGGGGUCUCAGUCUAGUUCUCGGUAGCCAGGAUUCCACAUCAUAACACCUCCACCACAACUGGCAACAAGUGGCUCGUUGGCAGAAUGGCCAAGGAUGGAGAGGACCAUGGAGACUGAACUCCCCUUCCAUACCAGGUGUAAGGUAGAUGGGGAGAGUCUGUGAUAAGCGUGCUGUGCCACUACCCAUUCUGUACCUGUUCUUUAGAUAAAUGGGAGACUUCAGUCUCCAAGACCAUCAGGCUGGCGCUCUCUUCACAGCACUACGCUCAUGUGCAAAUUUAAAAGCAAAAUCCCAUGGGAUUAUUUUCCACAAAGUCUUUCAGUUCACAGCGUGAAACUGUGAUGUGCACGGGGCCGGCUGGGUAUUUUGGAGGGAACAGAUAUUUGGAAAGAAUAGGGGGUCGGCCUCCGUUAGGUGUUUGUCUUUUAAAAACAAGAUUGUAUGUGCCUCUUUACAGAGCGUUAGUUGCUACAGAUUCUCUCUCUUUGUUUGGCCACGCCUCCUGCAUGUGGAACGUGAUCUCUUCAUUCUCCUCACAUCCAGCAGUGAGUGUUGCCCCAGUCAUGCCACCACACCUGCCUUUUCCUGAAAGGCCUCUUUAAAACACUAUAAAAAUCAAUAACCUGCUUUUUAUUGCUUUCUGUGAUGUUUUGUUUUCCAGAUGGUUUUGACAUCACGCCAGCAGAAAUACAGCUGCUUUUUGUUUUGACUAAGGCUUUUGAGAUUUGUUUUGACUAAGGCUUUUGAGAUCUCUGAAUUCCUGUUACUUUAAAAAAACGUCAAUUUCCCCAUACUAUAACUUCUGAAAUAGGAGUUCUGUGAAUCCAGGGACCCUCUUUUUUUUUUUUUUUUCUGGGAAACUAGUGGGAGCAAUCAGUGCUAUUCAGGGCAUGGUUAGGUGACAGGUUAAAAUGCCUGUGGCUGCUCAAAACUAGCGGUCCCAUUGUUACAAGCAGUGGUGCACCCGCCCCAGGAAUAGACCAAUGGUGGGAGAACAUCGGAAGAUCCUCAGCAUUCGUAGAGAAAGGUAUGGACCCUGUGCUAAUAAACAGACCUUCACAGUGUUAAAUGACUGUAAUAUUAGACUUGCUAAGUAAGACCGUACUGUAUCUAUACAGAGCUUAGAACAUUUCUUGGCCCUUGUGAUUACCUCGUUGGACAGUUUUACGUAGUCUCACUAAAUCCAGAUGCAGCAAUGGGCAGUGUCAUUGUUUCCUUAUUAUAUCAUUGGAAACUUUUUUUUAACCAAAAGAGUUGAAUGAUCUAAAGAUUUUUUAAAAAAAGAUUUCUGCAUAUUUCAAUACAGAAUGUUAAUUGAAUGUUCUCUUUUAUUGCACAUAAACCAUGACAUGUUGAUUGUACAGUAUGACUACCUAGAUUCUGGUUAUGUUUAAUAGUAGUAGUUUUGAUGUAACUUGUGCUCUGUAUUAUCAUUUUAACCCUCCUUUAUUUACUUAAAGGAUGUAAAUUGCUUAGAUGUUAUUGAAUCCUAGGUUACAUUUUUGACAUUUAUAUAAUUGAGAACAAGUACCAUUGUGAAGGAUAAUGCAGCUUUGAAAUAGUCAUUGUACUAAGCACAGUCUUUGCUUAUUUAUAGUAAAAUACCCUUUGCAGGGUUGACAAAGCAGCUAUUCUUGCUGAGAAUAUUUUCUCUGCUGUUUUUAAAUAGCACAUAUUAUGAUCCCCCCCCCAUUCCGACAGCGUAGACUUUUUUUUUUUAAUUUGAGGCAUUCACAGCUGCGCGUUAAGAGAUCUGUAAUAACUUCCUACAAAGACCGUAAUCACCUACGUUUGCGUUCUAUUGAUGUGCCUGUGAUUCUAAAAUAGCCUUUUGGAGGAAAAGAAAAACCUCUUUGCCUCAUUUGCAGCAUGUGAAUUUUAACUACACCAGCAAGCAAUCAUUAGCUGGUGCCGUCUUUUUGAAGUCCUGCUAUCGUCUGCACACUUGUCUUUAAGUGAACUUUAUGCAUUCAAAUUAUGAAAUUAGACUAAGGGGAUGAAUGGGAAAUAUUAACGGACAUCUGUACGUGACCCCUUUGACAGGGGACUGUUUAUGUGGCAUCUGUGCUGGGAAAGCUGCAUUCUCUGAAAUGGGGUCCUAAUGAGUUGCAAAUGCCUCCUCCUCUCUAUAAGGAAGGGGGCUUGGAGCUUUCCAUACGAAUGUCUUACAUUAAGCAGCACUUUAAUAUCCAUUUUAAUUAGGCGAUAACAUCAGUUGGGAUAGCGUUGCAGGGUAGCCGUCUCCCACUGCUUGAUAAAUGCCGAGACAAAACUAAAUGUUUAACCUUUGCCUUGACAUUUAAGCUUCAGAACGAGAGACAUUUAUCCCAUGGUAACCUUCCAUUUUGCUGACUUUUUCUCUUGUACUAAAUGAUGAAAAAUAAAUAAAUAAAUCUGGACCGGUGGGGCCCAGGAGUGACUGACGCUGUGCUAUUUCUGAGAGCUGUAUUCUGGCUGGUCUAGAAAAUGCUUGUUCUGGUCUUCAAACACCCAGAAACCAGAGUAAGUUUUUUUUUUUGUUUGUUUGUUUUUUCUGAACGCUUCUGACCAAACAAUCCAAAACUGAAUCAUGUUUUCUGACAAUCCUUUUGCGUUUAAAAAAAAAAUCUCCUGUAUAACCAAAUGUAAUGCCAAACCCCUUCUAUUGGGAAAAUGGAGGUUUUACUGAGAGACUUGCCCUAAUCCCAGCAUCUGCCACGGACUCGCUGUGUGACCUCAGACAAGUCACUUAACCUUGGUGAGCCUCAUUUUCCUCAUCAGUGAAAAUCGGGGUGAGACACUCCCUACCUCAGAGGCUUAAUUCAUUAAUGUUUAUAAAGCACCUUGGACUACUGUAAUUGUUUUUACCAGAGACAUCAAAUUAUUAUGGUGACUGUUCAUAAUUUAGCUGACAUUCUGUGAACAAGCUGCUUUCUGACCACAGGAGCUUUCAUUUUAUUCUGGUUUCUAAAUCUCUUAAGGGUCAGUCUUGCAAGGGAAAUAGGUUGAUGGAGUAAACUUAUUAACCAAUAAUACAGUAUUUUCCUCUGACUUUCUGCAGUGCAUUGAAUGGAAAUGGGUCACUGAUUUUUAAUAAACUGUGUUAUAUUUUAA